UGACGUGAUAAGGACGCGCGACGGAAGAGGCCUAGUUCGCAGUAAGAAGGCGCCAGAGUUCAAUGAAUGAGGCGGAUUUAAAGAAGCUUUUUUUAUUUAAACAAAAAGAAAUACAAAUCAAGGCAUUGCAGUGGCCCGGACCGAGCGGCAGAGGCGUGGUCACACCGCUGUCAGGGACGAUGCGAGACUGCGGCGCUGCGUUGGUGCGAAACCGUUGGAGGCCGGAGCUGGGGGCUGGGGGGGACAGCCUGCCCCGUGAGGGCACCCCACGGCACCUUAAACACAGCGGGGCUGGAGGCAGGAGAGAGAGACUGAGGACGGAGCUCAGGAGCUGCUGGGGCUCCCCGUCAGGAAAGAGGGCGCCUCCCAGCGAGGUGCGGGCACUGCUGGAGAGAGUCUACGAGGAGGAGGAGGAGGAGGAGGAGGAGGUGGAGGGAGACCAAGAGAGCGAGGGCAGUUGGGUUGAGGAGGCCAGCUCCCAGUUGGAGUUUGAACAGGACAGACCCUCUGCCUCUGCCUUGCCCAAUGGCCUCCUCCUCCCUUCUCCCAGGAAGGCCAGGCUGAGGCAGAGAAGGCGAGGGUUCAGCUUGCUUCUAUACUCCCGCAGCCACCUGCGCAGGUGGAAGAGGAGGCCGGUGAUGAGGCGCAGGAGACCCAAGAGGGGGCGCCUCUUCCACAGCCUGUCCCCCGGCUCUUCCUCCGGCGAGCCAGGCCCGGUCUUUAAGCGGUACCGAGGGACGGAGGAGGGAGGCGGCUGCACCAGCUGGGACUCUGAGCUCCUGAAUGGGGCUGCCACUGCCCUCCCCUCCUCCUCAUCCUCCACACAGCCCCUCCUGGGCUCUCUCCUGUCCCCGGAGGCCACUCUGUCUCUCUACCCGCCCUUUGAGGAGCUGCAGGGGGGCUGUGUCGGUGUGGGCAGGGGGCCGCAGGGGGAGCAGAGCUCUGGGGAAGACGCACAUCCAGUGAAUGGAUUCCCAGACCCGUCGCUCAGCCAGUCCCCUGAACUGGGCGGGAUCCAGAUCAGCCAGGUGUUCAGCAUCAGCGAAGCUGCGCAAGGACAGGGACCCCAAGAUCCACAGGAGCCCCCCCAGACACGAGAGAGCUCCCCGGGAAAAGAGAAAGUAGCAGGCAGCCUCACGGAGGAGCAUGUCACCUGUGUGCAAGGGAUCCUGGAUGAGAUGUUGCGGUGUUACGGCAGCAUGAUUCCUGUCCACGCUGAGGAGGUGGUGGAGAGAUUGCAGGAGAUUUUCCAGGAGAGCUUCAGCACCCCCCACAGGAAGACGAUGGUGCACCACCUAAUGCAGUCCUACCAGCGGAUGCUGGGCAAUUCGAUGGUACGAGGGUUCCGGGUCAACUACAAGCGACACGUCCUCACCAUGGACGACCUGAGCACGCUCUACGGGCAGAACUGGCUCAACGACCAGGUGAUGAACAUGUACGGGGACCUGGUAAUGGACACAGUGCCUGAGAAGGUUCACUUCUUCAACAGUUUCUUUUACGACAAACUGAGAACGAAAGGCUACGACGGGGUAAAGAGAUGGACGAAAAACGUGGAUAUCUUCAAGAAGUCUCUGCUCCUGAUCCCCAUUCACCUGGAGGUGCACUGGUCCCUGGUGUCUGUGGACGUGCCCAAACGCACAGUCACCUACUUUGACUCCCAGCGCACACUCAACAGACGCUGCCCCAAGCACAUUGCAAAGUACCUUCAAGCAGAGGCCCUCAAGAAAGACAAGCCUGAUUUCUGCGACGGCUGGAAGGGAUUCUUCAAAAUGAAUGUGGCCAGGCAGAACAAUGACAGCGACUGCGGCGCCUUCGUUCUUCAGUACUGCAAGUGUCUGGCAUUAGGAGAGCCCUUUGGUUUCACCCAGCAGGAUAUGCCCAAGCUCAGAAAGCAGAUCUACAAAGAAUUGUGUCAUUGUAAACUGACCCUGUGAAGAGAGUGGGCCAACAGGCAUCUCUGCCAUCAACCAACCAACCAACCAACCAACCACACGCACACACACAAGACUUCUGUUUUUCUUCUUUUUUUGUCUUUGUGGUAAAGAGAGGCCAUGCAGAAACGAAGGCAGAGGUACAGGCCUGUGUGCUAGGUGGCCAUCUAAAUUCAAACCCAGAGUGACACAACUGUACAGUGGAUUUAUAUCUAACGGGACAACCAUGAUCUCUCUCUCUGUCUCUCUCUCUCUCCUCUCUCUCUCUCUCUCGCUCUCCUCUCUCUCUCUCUCUUGCUCUCGCUCUCUCGCUCUCUCUCUUUCUCUCUCUCUCUCUCUCCUCUUUAGUAGCAGAAACAGCAGCAUUGUCCACGAACUCUAUUGAAGGAAUUAUUAGAUUCUAACUUGGUAGGACUUUUUUUUUUUUUUUUGUUCGUUUUUUUUUUUUUUUUUUUACUUUUUAUUGUCAUUUUCAUUUUAUUUAAAUGUUGCUGGAUAAUGUUCAACUGCAAAGUGUUUUGUAUAUAAAACAUGUGGGUUAAUAAAAAUUGAAAACGAAAAAAAAAAAAGGCAACUAAUGUACCGACCUUGCAAGCACGUUCUUACUCGAAGAUCCUUCAAGAACUAAAUAUUUUCAAAUGACCCCGGUCUCUCUUAAGGGGUCGUUCACACUCUGUUUGUUUGUGUCCCAGAAGCCUCUGCAGUGUGUACAGGAAACACAUUACUGUCCGAUUGCUUUGUCCCAUGUUGUUUAAGCAAUAGAUUCUUCUUCACACGUCACAAGAGAAUUACAAUAGCAUGUUCUGCACAUCGCAGUGUCUCCAGAUCACGCUCCCUCCUGCAGCAGUGCUGGUGCGAUGAGCAGCGCACUGUACUGUGGGAACAGAAAACCAGCGAUGCUGUUGCAGGAGGGUGCGUGAUCUGGGUACACUGCGAUCCUUCCUUUUUUUUUUUCUAGAGAAUUUUAUUUUCUUCUUUCUGGCUCCUGAGUAAAUGUUGAGAAAUGUGUUGCCUUUUUUUAUGAAGCAUGCUGGGAGAUUUUAAACAAUUCAAAAGAGUCUGCUAUGUGUUUUUAAGGACACAGCAAAGGGAACGGCAUGCAUUUUUUUGCAAACACUUCAGUGAGUUCUGUGAUAGAUAUAUGGCCAGCUGGCUGUUUAAGCUUAUAUAUAUGUACAACUGAAUAGUUAAAUGGCUGAAAAAUAGUCCUGUACAUUGG